UCUCUUGCUCAUAUAGAUUGCAGCUACCAUACAGCCGACCCACCUAGGUUCGGCCUGUUCAUCAAAAAUGUUACAAGUAACGUAACAUUGGCCGAAUAAUGCAUCGAGUGUGUGAGAAAAUGGUUAUUAAAUAAGUAUAGCACCAUCAUGUAUAUCAGACAAAUUAUUAUUCAGGGAUUCAAGAGUUACAGAGAACAAACAGUUAUAGAACCUUUUGAUCCUCGCCAUAAUGUUGUGGUUGGUAGGAAUGGAUCUGGGAAGAGUAACUUCUUUUAUGCAAUUCAGUUUGUGUUGAGUGAUGAGUUCUCUCACCUACGAGCUGAGCAACGCCAGGCCCUACUCCAUGAGGGUACUGGACCAAGAGUUAUCUCUGCAUUUGUGGAGAUCAUUUUUGAUAAUGUUGAUGGCAGAAUACCAAUUGACAAAAAUGAGGUCUGCCUUCGUCGAGUUAUCGGUGCGAAAAAGGACCAAUACUUCCUUAAUAGGAAGGCAGUUACCAAACUUGAUGUGAUGAAUCUUUUAGAGUCUGCAGGAUUUUCUCGAUCAAAUCCCUAUUACAUUGUCAAACAGGGUAAAAUUAAUCAAAUGGCAACUGCCCCAGAUUCCCAGAGGCUUAAACUUUUGAGAGAGGUUGCUGGAACUCGUGUUUAUGAUGAAAGAAGAGAAGAGUCAAAAGUAAUCUUGAAAGAAACGGAAAGUAAAAGAGAGAAGAUUGAGGAAUUUUUAAGAACUAUAGAAGAUAGACUGCAGACUCUAGAGGAAGAAAAAGAAGAGCUUAAAGAAUAUCAGAAGUAUGACAAGAUGAGGAGGGCAUUGGAAUACACAAUUCAUGACCGGGAACUGAAAGAAACAAGGAAGAAACUUGAGGACAUGGAGAACCAAAGGAAGAACUCUGGUGCUGAGCAGGAGAAACUUAGGCAGCAACUACAGAAAGCUCAAGAAUCUAUUAAGACAUUAUCAAAAGAAAUGAAAGAUGUCAAGUCAAAAGUGUCUCAGGUUAAAGAGGAGAGAGAUACCUAUAACAUGGAGCAACAGCAACUGUUAAAAGAAAAGAAUAAAUUGGAAUUCACCAUCAAAGAUUUAGCUGAUGAGGUACUGGGAGACAAUAAAUCAAAAGAGAGGGCAGAGAAAGAAUUACAAAAACUAAGAACUACCAUAUCUCAGAAAGAAGCAGAAUUAGAGGCUAUCAAACCUCAAUAUGAAGAAAUGAAAAGCAGGGAAGAUGAAGCACAGCGCGAGUUGUCGCUGAAAGAUCAGAAGCGAAAGGAGUUGUAUGCAAAACAAGGUCGAGGGAGCCAGUUCACUUCCAAAGAGCAGCGUGACCAGUGGAUCCAAAAAGAGCUGAGAUCGAUAGAACGUGCGAUGGGUGAAAAAAAGGACCAAAUCAGGCGGCUUGAUGAGGAGAUAAAACGAGAUGGGGAACGGAACAAAGAAUUAGAGAAACUGUUACAGGAACUGUCAGCUGACACAGAUAACUACAGACAAAGUAUUGAUGAGCAUAAUAAAGUCUUUUAUGAGAUGAAGAAAAGAAAAGACCAGUUGCAAAGUGAACGGAAUGAACUUUGGCGCAAAGAAAAUAAUCUACAGCAGAAUGUAAGUUCACUGAAAGAAGAGUUAUCUAGAGCUGAUCAGUCACUACGUUCUAUGGCAGGAAAGCCUAUCCUCAAUGGACGUGAUAGCGUACAGAAAGUCUUGGAUACUUUCCGUGACCGUGGAGGGCAUCUUGGAGAAAUUGCAACUCAGUAUUAUGGCCUUCUCAUUGAGAAUUUUGAAUGUGAGAGAUCAAUUUAUACAGCUGUUGAAGUCACAGCAGGUAACAAGUUGUUUCAUCAUAUUGUAGAAUCAGAUAAAAUAGGAACCCAGAUUUUAAAAGAAAUGAAUAAACAAAAACUGCCCGGCGAAGUUACCUUUAUGCCACUGAAUCGACUGACUGUGAAAGAUAUUGAUUAUCCUCAGACAAAUGAUGCUAUUCCCAUGGUAAGCAAGUUAACUUACUCUGAUCGGUAUCAUAAAGCAUUAAAGUACAUCUUUGGAAGAACUUUGAUCUGCCGAAACUUGGAGGUAGCAACUCAUCUCGCCAGAUCUACACGAUUAGAUUGUGUCACUCUGGAUGGUGAUCAGGUCUCCAGUAAAGGGUCAUUAACUGGUGGAUACUUCAAUACAUCUCGAUCUCGCUUAGAAAUUCAGAAAACACGAUCUGAGCUGCGUGAUCAGAUCACAACUGCAGAAACAGAGCUGAGAACUUUGCAAGACACUUUACGGAACACAGAGCAGGAAAUUAACAAGAUUGUGUCAGAAAUGCAGAAAACUGAAAUCAAGAACAGUAAGGCAAAAAAUCUUUUUGAGAAAGUAAAGACUGACAUUCGUUUAAUGAAAGAAGAAUUAUCUAGUUUAGAGAGAACCAAGCAGCCUAAGGAAAGAUCCCUUUCUCAAUUGAAAGCCAACCUUGAAGCAAUGAUGGCUACAAAGGAAGGUCUGGAGUCAGAGUUGCAUCAGGAUCUUAUGGCUACCUUGAGUGUUCAGGACCAGCAUGAAGUAGAUCAGCUGAAUGAUGACAUUAGACGAUUGACACAAGAAAAUAAGGAAGCCUUUACACGUCGUAUGAAGUUAGAAGCCGACAAGAAUAAGUUGGAGAAUCUUUUGACAAAUAAUCUUCACAGAAGAAAAGAUGAGCUUAUGCAGGCCUUGCAGGAAAUAUCAGUUGAAGAUAGGAAGCGACACCUAGAGCAUAGCCAGAGUGAAAUUCAACGUGUUGAUAAUCGUAUUGAAGAAGUAGCUGUCCAGUAUAAGGAAGUGGAAAAGAAGCUGGUUGAACACCAGAAAAAAGAGAAGAGUUUGAAAUCAGAACUGGAAAAGAUGAAAAACAAAGAAAAGGAAGUAAUGGAAAGAAUGGAAGAGGAUGCUAAAGACCUUGAGAAGAUGGCUUCAAAACAAAAUCUUUUGCAUCAGAAGAUUGAUGAAUGUACAAAAAAAAUUUGUGAUUUGGGUUCUCUCCCCUCAGAAGCUUUUGAUAAAUAUCAGAAUUUACCAACAAAGCAGCUCUUCAAGAAAUUGGAAGGGGCUAAUGUUGAACUGAAGAAAUAUUCUCAUGUCAACAAAAAAGCCUUAGACCAGUUUAUAUCCUUCUCGGAGCAGAAAGAGAAACUCAUGGCAAGAAAGGAGGAGUUGGAUAGAGGUUAUGACAAAAUCAAAGAGCUGAUGAAUGUCUUAGAACACCGGAAAUAUGAGGCCAUACAGUUUACAUUUAAACAGGUAUCCAAGUACUUUAGUGAAGUAUUCAAGAAGCUGGCUCCCCAAGGUCAUGCUCAACUGGUGAUGAAAACUGACCAAGAUGAGGAAAGUGAGCAUGAAGAGCAAGGCACAGUAGACAACUUUACUGGUGUUGGCAUAAGAGUUUCCUUCACUGGUCGCAAUGCAGAAAUGAGAGAGAUGAACCAGUUAUCUGGUGGCCAGAAAUCUUUAGUUGCUCUUGGUCUUAUCUUUGCCAUCCAGAAAUGUGAUCCAGCUCCUUUCUAUCUCUUUGAUGAAAUUGAUCAGGCUUUGGAUGCCCAGCAUAGAAAGGCUGUAGCAGAUAUGAUUCAUGAGUUAAGUUCAGAUGCUCAGUUCAUUACGACAACUUUCAGACCUGAAUUGUUAGAACAUGCAAACAAGUUUUAUGGUGUCAAGUUCAGGAACAAAGUGUCUCAUGUGGAAUGUGUAGCAAGAGAAGAAGCCUAUGAUUUUGUGGAAGAUGACACAACUCAUGGGUAAUAAGUGGACGUUUACUGGACUUCUUUUAGUGGCCGUUGAAUAUGGGCUUAAGCCAGUGGAAUUGUUACACAUGUGUUUAAUGAAAAUGAAGUUCAAAUGACUUUGUAUAGAAAUUUUUAUACCUUCAGAAGUGCAUUUUUGUAUAUUGAAUCAUUCAAAUUGAAGUAACAGUAAGUAGAGCGUGUAUAUAGAAAUUUACUGUAAGCUAAAGAGUAUGUUUUGUAUAAAAAAAAAAGAAAAAAAGGAUAGGAUUAUAGCCUAUUUUUGUGCAUAAAAGAGGGACCUGAGGUAAAGAUAAUUUUGCUAAGCAUCAAUUGCCAAAUUUUGUUUUGAUUUAAAGGUUACUUAGUUUUUUCUGGAAUUCUUAUUUUAAAACAUGAUUUGCCAGUGGAGUCAAAUAUUUCCGAUUUGCUAUCGAGGCCCAAUUUUCUCUUCAUUGCAUUCUUUAAAGGAUACCCAGUUUACUUUUUCAGUUCAUAUUGUAAAAUUGUUUUUGUAUUGCAGACAAAUUGUAUUGUUUCUGUUCUGUUGAAUCCCAAUUUUUUUUCUAAGUUUCAUACUUUAAACAUAGUCAGUGAAACAGUUUUCUAUUUCAAAACAUUACAAAGUAAUUUGUAACUGUAAUAAAUGUUGACUUUUGGAAAAUUUAAAUGAAAAGGCAAUUGAGUUUAGUUAUGGUGGAAAAUUCACCUAUAUGUAAACAAAGCUAUUUUUAUUUUCUUUUUAUAAUAAAAAGUAUUAUAAU